GACUACGACUCCCAUGUUUGUUGCCCGUGGGCUGUGCCGCUUGGAGCUGGCGGAGAAUUUAAACAGCCAAACCUUCGGAGACCACCCAGUGGAGGAGGCCGUUCUACGGACACAACGAGGACGGCGAACUGGAAGUGCGACUCCAGGGUUGGUCUAUACGCAGUAGGUCUAUGCUUCGGGCCGCGCUGCGGAGGCGGAAGUGGCGCUAGGAGCCGCGGGAACGCGUUCCAGGCAGAGAUGAAGCCGACCGAGCUCCGCGCCGAGAAAGGCAAACCUUGUGAGAGAGAUGCUGUUAGUACAUCAAAUGAGGAUUAUACUGUGGGGCAAGUGGCCAACAGUCUGUUUCAAAAUAAACUCAAAGCAUGUGGUACAGCUUCCCUGGUGCAACUAUUCAGCACUCCUGGGGCCAAAGCCCAGCCAGUGUAUGUUGCACUGCCAAGAGAAAAUAAAAAACGCAAGCAUACAGAAGAGGAAACAGCCACAGAAGUUAAGAGCUCAUCUACUAAAAGGGAGCCUUUCAAAAAAAUUAAAAAAAAUAAGAAAAAUCUCUCUCUAGCAAAGGAAAGAGUGGCAAACAGGGAAUGUGCUUUGGGUGAAGCAGAUGAAGAAGAGGAGAAAAAAGAAGCACAAAUCAAACAAAAGUUAAAAAACAGACGCUCUUCACUGGUUACCGGACAUCAUUCAACUUCAGAUAUAGAUACAGGAAUUAAAAAAAGAGCACAAGUCAACCUGGCUGCAGAGAUGCUAAAAAAUAAGAGGACUCUUUUUGUGGGGAAUUUACCUGUUAGUUGUACAACACAGAUGUUGAAGACAUUUUUCAAAGAAUAUGGACAAAUUGAAUCAGUUCGCUUCCGCUCCCUGAUUCCAGCAGAGGAGUCUUUAUCCAAAAGAAUGGCAGCUAUAAAACGAAAGAUGCAUCCCAGCAUGAAAUAUGUUAACGCUUAUGUCGUAUUCAAGGAGGAAUGUGCAGCUAAUAGCGCCUUACAACGCAAUGGAACAGAAUUUACCAGUGGAUUCCACAUUAGGGUUGACCUUGCUUCAGAAUCCACUUCUCAUGAUAACAAGAGAUCUGUAUUUGUGGGAAAUCUGCCUUAUGAAAUUGAUGAUGCUGUUGUAAGAAACCAUUUCUCUCAAUGUGGGAAUAUAGCUGGUGUGCGAAUUGUGAGAGAUCGGAACACAGGCAAUGGCAAAGGGUUUGGUUAUGUUCUUUUUGAGACUACAGAUGCUGUUCACCUUGCACUGAAACUAAACAACUCUGAGCUGAAAGGAAGAAAGCUAAGAGUGCAACGCUGUGUUGAAAGAGAAAAAGCACAAAAGAAAAGUUUAGACAAGAAUGUAAAGAGCCCUGCAGGACCAAAAUCUACAAAGCCUUCUUCACUGAAAAAUGCUAAAGUAUACUCCAGUAAUUCUUUUGCUGGUGAAAAAGCAAUCCCAGUCAAAAAAAGCAAAAAAGCAAGAUCAAAAAAGAGCAUGAGGAAAACACUGCGAAAAACCAAAUGAAAUGUUACUCUGAAAAUUUUUAUUUUUUAAAUAAAAAUAUAGCAUAGGCAGCCUGUUGGAAUUUUUAAAUAUUUUAAAGGUUUACUUGGACUAAUUAAUAUUAAACAUGGAAGGUAAAUGGAAGAUCUGAAACCUGCAGCAGCCAACAUGUGACAUUGCCAUGAGAAGGUGAGAAAACUCAGCUUACCAUCCUGCCAGCCUUUUGCCCUGGCAGCAGACACUGUUCUGUGCUGAAUUUGAGCUUCUUUCUUGAGCGAAGCCCCCUCUUGUAUGCUUAUAAAUUACCAUUUGGGAUCAGUAAUAGUCUGUUGAACUGAAAACAAAAGUAGUUAUUGAAUUAAAAUUACUAUCCCUCCAAA